GGGGAAGGGAGAACCGCAGCGAAUGCAUUAACUUUUGCAACUACUUGCUGCGGUCAUUCCUAAAACCGCAUCAAAUAACCUCACAAUUUCAGAAGUUCCUCUUCCCCUUCCGUCAAAACACUUCAAACCCUCCCAGAAGGCCAAAAUCCCAGCCUUUCCAGCAGCUUCCGUCCGACCGUAGCACCGCUCCUCGUCGCAGAUGCAACAGCUCCUGCAUAGAUGGUCGCUUUCCUUGCGACUCCCAGGCUGCCAGUCACAUUUCUAACCCAGGAUCCGAUUCCCCGACCUCUCAACAGCCUUGCCAACCAACCACGCCGCCUCGCAACUGCAUCGGCCAACCAACCCCUCCGCCUCGCAACCGCAUGGCCCAACAAACCCCGCUGUCUCGCAAUUGCAUCAACCAACCAAACUCACCGCCUCGCAACCCUCAUCAGCCGGCCAAUCCGGCCACCUCGCAACCGCAUCACCCAGCAAACCCUAUCGCAACCAUUCCUUCUCGCUUCUUCACAUAGCAAGGUCACCUCGCCCCUCCUUCUGCUGUACUUCUUCUCUCUUUCAAGGUAAAUUAAAAAUCUCUUUACGAUACAUAAUUACAUGUUUUAAAUGGUAAUUAAUGCUUUUCUGGUUUCAAUUUCCACUAAGAAGGAAUGUUGUUAUUUUCUGGUCCAUUUGGUAAGGGUUAAUUGAACAAAUUGAAUAGGCUACUUUUCUGGAAAAAAUGUUGGUAAAGCUGACCUGCAGUAUAUUAUGAAGUUUAUGUAAGUUAUGACAUUUAUUUUGUAUUAUCUGAAACUAGAAUUUUGUAUGUUUUGUUCUUUAGGCUAUUUCUCUCAUGAUUCACAGAGAAGUUUUCACCCCUUUUCAUGGGGUUUAAUGGACUCUUGGUAAGAAUUGCAUUUUGGGCCAAUAGUGUGAACUUCAAGGGUACUUUUUUCCCUUUCAUCCGGUGGUUGUUUGCAUUAUAGACAUACAAGUGAUACAACUAGUUAACAUGAAUUUUUUCUAUUGGGGUUGACUAGUUGCUUGGCUAUGGCCUUUUUCGUUGCUAAAUUAAUUGAUUAAUGAAACUAGCUGAAUUUUUACAAUUUUUAGGUCUUUUAAAUGCAAGUUGGGAUUAUGUGAAUUGAAUAUUUGGCAAACCAUGCAGAAUUUGGUGAAUCUGUUUACUUAUUUAGUUAUUUGACAUCACAGAUUCACAUGUACAGGCCGAAUAACCUAUUUUACUAAUUAGAACUAAGAAGAAUGCAUUACUAAUCUCAGAAAGAGACGCUCUAUCUGAAGUAUGUCCCUGCUCAUAGGAGAAAGUGAAAACAUGAGUGACUGGUUGAAUAUUUUAGUCAUAUGCUUUGACCUAGAAAAUGUGCUCUUAUUUUUGAAGAAAACAAUAUUCUGGAGAAGGCGAAUAAGAAGCUAACAAUCAAACUCCACCUUAAAGAGGGCAACAUUUCUUCAAAGGUAUUACUGUAAUUUGAACCUGAUUGUUUUUUCUUGUUACGUAAACCCCCAUAUAACCUUCUUCAUUUUUUUAACUUCGCGUUUGGCAAUAUCCUUUUUACAUAGCAGGAGAACAAGAGAAAAUUGAGCCCCUUGUAUUUUUAAUUACUAUUUACUACUCAAAUGUUAUUUUUUUAUUCCUUUUUUUUUGUAGUUUUGAAGAUUGACCCGGCCAACCACCUAUUACAUUAACCUGUGCUAUGGACUUGUAGUUGCAAAUUUAUUACAUGCUCUACAACUUUAUAUGUUUUAUUUUUACUAGCUUCUGCAGCUUAAUAAAUAGUAGUAGUAUAAGACAGUGUCCCAAUACAGUUUAAACACAAACUAUAGCAACUAGCCUUCUUUACGUUGCCUAUGUUCUAUUCUUUUUCAAUUUUAUAUUAUAAAUUUUUAUUGCUUCUGAACUGCAAGCUUCAUUGACAGCAGGUACUAUGCAUCCAUGGACCCCAAAUGGGCCAGGACAGUAUGUGUCUUAUGGUAUUUUGACUAGUGAUCAGGUCUAUCAAAGUACCAAAAGAGCCUUUUUGAGUGAUGAACUGAUGAAGUAUUUGAAGUUUUUGAGGAAUUGACCAUAUAAGUGAUAAUUUUUUUGUAAACUUUAGUGACGAUAGACUUACAAAAAGAAUGACAAUUUGUGUUGUAUUCAUUUUGAACUUUGGCGAUGUAUAACUCAAUAAAUUUGAGAUUAUGUUUCUGAUUAUUGUUGAUGUGAUACUAAGUUUGUAGAAAUGACUUUUUCUUCUUCUGUAAAAUAGAUAUAUUUUGGUCUAAAA